AUGGUUAAGGAACAGUACAGAGAAACCGAUGUUGCUCGUAAAAUCUCUCAUGUAUCCUUUGGAGUGGACAGCCGUCAUAAUAUGGAACGGCAGGCCCAUAUCCAUGUUGUAGCCAAGAAUCUGUAUAGUCAAGAUAGUCAGCGCACUCCUGUUCAGUAUGGUGUACUUGAUAAGAGAAUGGGUACAUGUUCCAAUGCAAGUAACUGCACAACUUGUGGGAAGUCUCUAAACGAAUGCAUUGGUCACUUUGGAUAUAUAGACUUGGAACUACCAGUAUUUCAUGUGGGAUAUUUUAGAUCAGUUAUUUGUAUUUUACAAUCAAUAUGCAAGAAAUGUUCACAUGUUAUGCUAAAUGAUACUGAUAAAAAGCACUACUUAACUCGUGUCUUGAAUCCCAAUUUGGGCUACCUAAGCCGUAAAGCAUUAAGAAAACAGAUUCUGGAAAAGGCAAAGAAAACUUCAGUAUGCCCCAAUUGCAAAGAUUUAAAUGGCACAGUCAAAAAAGCUGGUUUACUCAAGAUCGUACAUGAAAAGUACAAAGCCAAGAAGAAGAUCGAUGCUGUAGUACAAGAAAAACUAGCUGAAUAUAAUAAUGUUCUGGAAGACAAUAAGCAGCUGGAAGGAAUUUUGCAAAGUGGUCUAGUUAAUAUUUUAAAUCCAUUGGAGGUACAAGGUAUUCUAGAACGAAUCCCAAUAUACGAUAUACCUUUACUUCUUAUGAAUCCAAACUGCGGUCUACCGAAGGAUUUAAUAUUAACUCGAAUUCCGGUACCACCAAUUUGUAUAAGGCCCAGUGUUGUAUCUGAUUUGAAAGCUGGUACAAAUGAGGACAAUCUCACUAUGAAAUUAUCCGAAAUUGUUUUUAUCAAUGACGUGAUACAAAAGCAUAGACAAAGUGGAGCCAAAGUACAGAUGUAUAAUGAGGAUUGGGAAUUUCUGCAAUUACAUUGUGCGCUUUACAUGAACAGUGAAAUGUCUGGUAUUCCAUUAAACAUGCAGCCGAAAAAGUCUGGCAGAGGUUUAGUUCAGAGAUUGAAGGGAAAACAGGGUCGAUUUCGUGGGAAUUUAUCCGGGAAGCGUGUAGAUUUUUCAAGUAGAACAGUCAUCUCUCCAGAUCCAAACCUCCGUAUUGAGCAGGUCGGCGUGCCAAUUCACGUGGCGAAGAUUUUGACAUAUCCAGAAAGAGUGAAUCCUUGGAACAUAGAAUUGAUGCGUAAAUUGGUACAGAAUGGACCGGAUGUUCAUCCUGGCGCAAAUUUCGUACAGCAGGGCAAAACUCAAUUUAAGAAAUUUCUACGUUAUGGUAACCGACAGAAGAUUGCUCAAGAUUUACAGUAUGGGGACAUCGUUGAAAGACAUCUUCGGGAUGACGACGUUGUAUUAUUUAAUCGUCAACCAUCUUUGCACAAACUUAGUAUAAUGGCUCACAAAGCCAAAGUAUUAGAGCAUAGAACAUUUCGAUUUAAUGAAUGUGUCUGCACCCCUUACAAUGCUGAUUUCGAUGGGGAUGAAAUGAAUUUGCAUUUACCACAAACGGAAGAAGCCAGAGCAGAAGCGUUGGUUCUUAUGGGGAACAAAGCUAAUCUAGUUACACCACGCAAUGGAGAAUUACUUAUUGCUGCAACUCAGGAUUUUAUCACCGGUGGUUAUUUGCUUACUCAAAAAGACACAUUCCUGAAUAAAUCUCAAGCUUCUCAAUUAGCCAGUUGUCUAUUAGCUGGACCGGAUGCCAAUAUGAAUAUAACACUUCCGCCACCAGCCAUACUGAAACCAUAUAAGCUGUGGACUGGAAAACAAAUUUUUAGUUUAAUUCUAAAACCCAAUGAUAAAUGUCACAUAAAAGCUAACUUGAAGACCAAGGGUAAAGCAUAUACCAGCAACGAAGAACUGUGCAUCAAUGAUUCCUAUGUUAUCAUUCGCAAUUCCGAGCUUCUGGCAGGAUCCAUGGAUAAGUCUACACUAGGUUCAGGUUCUAAACAAAACAUUUUCUACGUCCUUCUUCGAGAUUGGGGCGAGGACGCUUCAACUACUGCUAUGUGGCGUUUGGCCAGGAUUGCUAGUUACUACCUAAUGAACAGAGGCUUCUCCAUAGGUAUUGGGGACGUAACACCAGGUCAAGGAUUACUUAAAGCGAAACAGGAGCUUCUAAAUGCAGGCUACUCCAAGUGUACAGAGUAUAUUCGUCAAAUGGAACAAGGUCGUCUAGUUUGUCAACCUGGAUGUACCGAGGAGGAGACACUCGAGGCGAUGAUCCUCAGGGAACUCUCAGUGAUCCGUGAUCACGCUGGUAAAGCGUGUCUGAAAGAACUUCAUCCUAGUAACAGUCCACUGAUAAUGGCUUUAUCGGGUAGCAAAGGCAGUUUCAUCAAUAUUUCUCAAAUGAUUGCCUGUGUGGGUCAACAGGCCAUUAGUGGUCAUCGUGUACCCAAUGGAUUCGAAGAUCGUGCACUGCCUCAUUUUGAAAGACACUCUAAGAUCCCAGCAGCUAAAGGCUUUGUUGAGAAUUCAUUUUACUCGGGUCUUACUCCAACAGAAUUUUUCUUUCAUACCAUGGGUGGUAGAGAAGGUCUUGUUGAUACGGCUGUAAAAACUGCAGAGACUGGAUACAUGCAGAGGAGACUUGUCAAGAGUUUAGAGGAUCUUUGUCUCCAUUACGAUAUGACUGUUAGAAAUUCUGUAGGUGACAUCAUUCAGGUUCUAUACGGUGGCGAUGCAUUGGAUCCUACUUAUAUGGAGGGCAAAGAUUGCCCAGUAGAUUACAAAAGAGUUCUGGACCAUGUGAGAGCAAAAUCGCCGUAUAAGAACGAAGAACCUUUAGAUGGUGCAAACGUGAUAAAAGCUACUAGCGAACUUCUGAGCUCGGAUGAUUAUUCGUGUCUAAGCGUUGAAUUUAAACAGGAAUUAGAAACAUUCUUAAAAUCUGUGGCGCGAAAAAUUGCACGGUUACGACAAAAUUUUGACUCAAGCUCACCAGUAACUUUGCAACUGGAACGUCUCACUGUCUCGCAGUUGGUUGAGUUUAUUCAUAUUUGUAAGGAAAAGUAUAUGAGAGCUAAAAUUGAGCCAGGAACAGCUGUAGGUGCACUGGCGGCGCAAAGUAUUGGUGAACCCGGUACUCAGAUGACUUUGAAAACCUUUCAUUUUGCUGGUGUCGCUUCUAUGAAUAUUACUCAAGGUGUACCGCGCAUCAAGGAAAUCAUCAAUGCCAAUCCUAAAAUUAGUACCCCCAUUAUCACGGCAGCGCUGGAAAUCGAUUCUGACCCUGAAUAUGCAAGGCAAGUCAAGGGUAGGAUAGAAAAAACAACUCUAGGAGAAGUAACUGAAUAUAUUGAAGAAGUUUAUUUGCCGGAUGACUGUUUCCUGUUAAUAAAACUGGAUGUUGAUAGAAUUAAAUUAUUGAAACUGGAAGUGGAUGUUAAUUCGAUUAGAUACUCAAUCUGUACCUCAAGGCUUAGAUUAAAUCCAAAAUUGGUGAAUGUCAGAGGAGAUUCAAUCAUCACUGUGACUCCCAGUAAACAAAAGUGUAGCUUAAAUUACGCUCUCACACAAUUGAAAGAAACGGUACCAAACAUUGUCAUUAAGGGUUUGCCAUCUGUUGCCAGAGCAGUUAUUCACAAUGAUGACUCUAGUGGAAAAACUAAAUAUAAACUCUUCGUAGAAGGUGAUAACAUGCGAGAAGUAAUGGCUACGAUGGGAGUUUUAGGGCGCAAGACAACUUCAAAUAAUACUAUUGAGGUAUUCAGAACUCUGGGCAUCGAAGCUGCAAGAGCAACGAUUAUGACAGAAAUUAAAUUAGUCAUGGAAAAUCAUGGUAUGAGUAUCGAUAGGCGUCAUCCAAUGUUGGUGGCUGAUCUAAUGACAAGCAGAGGAGAAGUGCUUGGUAUUACCAGGCAGGGCCUGGCUAAAAUGAAGGAAUCUGUAUUAAAUUUAGCUUCGUUUGAGAAAACAGCUGAUCAUCUAUUCGAUGCAGCAUACUAUGGGCAGAAGGAUGCAAUUUGCGGUGUGUCGGAAUCCAUUAUAAUGGGUAUUCCAGUUCCAGUGGGAACAGGAAUCUUCAAACUACUUCACAAAGCUGAGAAGGAUGAGCCACAAAAGAGGAAAUUAAUAUUCGACGAUCCACAAUUCCACAAGAAAAUUACAGGAACCUAACUGUUAAAUAUUUGUACAUUUGUGAUUUCUUCACACAUAAGAGAAUAUUAUUCAAAUACACAUUUUAUUUGACUCUUA